UUCGCCCACAUUUCUUUCUUUGUUCGCCCCCAUUUCUAGGGUUUAAGCUUAGGAACCCCCAAAACCCUAUAGACCUGGAGAGGUAAUGCGAAAAAUGGAGUCGUCCGCUCUGUAAACAAAUUCAUAGCUUUUUUUUCGUCGAGAGCAAUCCGAAAACCUCCACAUGAAUGAUCAAAGAAGCCCUCCAAUUCUUCGCUCGCCUGCGAAGGACCCGCACUUGCUUCCCCACCAAUCCCUUCGCCUUCAACCAGUCGCUCCACUGCCUCGUCACCUCCAAUUGCGGCGACCUCUCUCUCAAAAUCCUCUUCCAUUUCAUCUCCAGAGGCUACAAUCCCCAUCCCUCUUCCUGCAAUUCCAUCAUCUCCCUGUUCUGCAAUCUGAACAAUCUCACUUCCGCCGAGAAAUUCUUCAAUUCCUUGCCUCUCUUCGGCUGCUCCCCGGAUAUUGUGAGUUACAACUCUUUGAUUGAUGGGUAUUCUCGGUUGAAAGAUAUGAAUGGCGCUUGUUUGAUUUUGAAUCGCGUUUUUGGCGAUGGCAAAGUUAGGCCUGAUUUGGUUACUUUUAAUGUUUUGUUCAACGGGUUCUCUAAGCUGGGGAUGGAAAAGGAGACGUUUGUGUACAUGGCUUUGAUGUGGAAAUAUUGUGUGCCGAAUGUUGUUACUUACAGUAUUUUUAUUGAUAUGUUUUGUAAAGUUCGGAACUUGGAGAUGGGGUAUAGAGUGUUUAGGGAUAUGAGUGGGGAUGGUAUUUUGCCGAAUUUGGUUACUUUUACUUCUUUGAUUGAUGGGUAUUGUAAGGUUGGAAAUGUAGCGGUUGCAUUUGGGUUGUAUCGGGAAAUGGGCAAGUUGUCAAUCUCGCCGAAUGUUGUUACUUAUUCAGCUCUGGUUGAUGGGCUAUGCAAGCGUGGGAUGUUGGAAUGGGCAGAGGGAUUGUUUUCUAAGAUGUUGAAAGAAGGACUUCAACCCAAUUACGCAGUUUAUACUUCGAUAAUAGACGGGCAGUUUAAGAAGGGAAACAUUGAUGAUGCUCUGAAAUAUGUGAGCAGAAUGCAUGAUCAGGGUAUCAGGCUUGAUAUAGCAGCUUAUGGUGCUGUUAUAUCAGGCCUCUGUAGCAGAGGUCGAUUAGACAGAGCUAUAAAGAUUAAGGAAGAUAUGAUGAGAAGUGGAUUGCAACCUGAUAAUAUUAUCUUCACCACUCUUAUCGAUGCUUACUUCAAGGCUGGCAAUUUAAGUGCAGCCCUGAAUGAGUAUAAUGAAUUAGUGCAUAAAGGUUUCGAACCUGAUGUUGUAACAAUUUCAGCCUUAAUGGAUGGUCUUUGCAAGCAUGGCCGUUUAGAUGAGGCAAAAAAGCACUUCAGCAAAGAAAAGGCCAAUGAAAUUUCUUAUACAGUGCUUGUUGAUGGGAUGUGCAGAGAAGGAAAUUUUAGUGAAGUUGAGGCCAUUUUGAGGGAGAUGUCAAAGAUGGGUUUUGUUCCAGACAAGUAUAUCUACACUUCUUGGAUUGCUGGACUCUGUAAGCAAGGGAAUUUGGUGGAAGCAUUCAGGCUUAAAAACAAGAUGAUCCAAGAGGGUAUUGCUCCUGACCUGUUAACUUACAGCUCACUGAUUUUUGGGCUAGCUGAUAAAGGGCUGAUGGUUGAAGCAAAACAGGUUUUUGAUGAUAUAUUAAAAAAGGGAAUCAAUCCUGACCAAGCAGUUUAUGAUAUUUUGAUUAGAGGCUAUGCCAAGCAAGAAAAUGCAGUUGCCAUUUCUUGUUUGCAUGAUGAGAUGAGAAGGAGAGGACUCCUCGUAGAAGGAAAUAUGGUAGGAGGAGGAAGACGAUUUCUGAUGGCAGAUGUUCCGCAGCACACUCUGAAACAAGUCACUUUCACAAGGAAAAGCCUUUUUAUGCCUUUCUGAGGCCGCCAUACUUGAGCUUAGAUGGUAGCCCUAAGCCCUAUUUUAAUAGUCCGAGAUGGCCUCUCCUGGGAAUUCUCGUCAUGAUUUCUCGCUACUGCACCUUUUUGUGUAUGUGCUACUUCCACCACUUUGAGAUUUCUCUCGUGCAUUGUCAGCUGGAGAAUUCAUAUGCAUUAUCACUCUCAUACAGAAUGGAAGUCUGAUGAAGUGCAUUCCUCUGGUUACAACACUGAUCACAAGCCUUAAUCCUACUAGGAGAGUUGGGACAGACAGGAGGAAUACCUUCAAACAUAAUUGCUACCAGCGGAUCAUUGUAUGUUUUUGUAAACUAAUGGGUAUUAUAUUUUCCUACUUUCUGCUCUAGAAACUGUCCAGAACCAAAGUCUUUUAUGAAUGCACCUGAUCUUCUAUUUCAUCCUUUGGAACUGCUUCUUGAUAAUCUACUCUGUACUGACAGUUGUUUGAUGAGCUUAACAAUUUGUACGAGUGCUCACUGAAUGCACGGGGAAGAUGUGUUUGAUAAGCAUUUGAUGGCAUUUUCUCCACCAUUUUCCACUGGGUAUAUAUACUCUUAAGUAUUCUUCAAAUCCCAAGUAAUAAUUUUUCUUGAGCAUUUUAUGUACAUUGCUAUUUGUUGGAUGGCAUUCUUUAGCCAGCAAUGCUGCAUAGUGCAUAUUAACAAAUCCCCUUUUAUAGUCGAUAUACCUUUUUUAGAUGGCAUUUGUAGUCUGACGACUGUAAUUGCAUUCUGAAAACUAGAAUGUAAAAGAUUACCUAUUAUGGUAGAAUAUUAUAGUGGUAUUUUCUCAGAUUUUGCGCGUGUGAUGUUCGUGCAUACAUUCUCAACUUCUUUGCUUAUAGUUAUUUCCAAGGGCAUGGCUUCCCCUUUAAUUUUUUCCCCUUGCAACGAGUCUAAUUUCACAAUUUGAACUCAUAACCUUAUAUUCACAAAAAGAUCAACUUUACGGUUUCUUAUGGUUCUUGUAUUGGUCAAAAUUUUCAUCUCUCUAGUGUCGUAUCUUCAUUGGUUAUCUUCUUUCCUUGCUGUUUAACAAGUGCAGGAGGAUAUGGUUUUCCGGCUAGACAUUGCCAAUGCCUCUAUUCAACUUCUUGUGGGUGAUGAAUCUGUGGCUGCUCAGCUCCAACAGAGGACCGGCAGAUCGCCGCGGUUCCUUGUUUAAGACAUUUGUUAGCAGUUGCAAAAGUCAAGAAACCUAAUCAAAUUGCUCUUGGAAGCAUACAGCAGCGUCUAAGAUUGCUCCAAGUGUACUGAACUCGCCAGCUGUUUCACUUAUUUGAGAACUGUUAAAAGUAGGAGUCUUGGAGAGGGUUGUGCCGUGAAACUCCAUCAACUUUGUUUAGUAUUAUCGUCCUUUACAUGUAUUUUUUGAUUUGAUAUUUGUUUAGCUAAUGCCCAUAAUACUUUAAAUAAAGAGACAUUAAUUUCAGAUGUUACACCACCUCAUACAACUCCCAUCU